AUGCGUCCUCCUGUGCUGUUACUGCUGUUUUGCCUCGGCCUUGCGGUCGCCCAGCACAAUCAACCGUAUCCUGUGACGACACCAAUACCUAUCUUAAAACAGAUAAACAAGCACAACGAGGACGGUAGCUACAGCUACGGCUUCGAGGCUGCGGACGGCUCGUACAAGAUCGAGUCCAAGUAUCCGACCGGCGAGGUCUACGGCAAGUACGGCUUCGUGGACGACACUGGGAACGUACGUGAGAUCGAGUACGGCGCGUCCAAGCGCGGCUUCGAGCCGGCCGGUCCUGGGAUAAACGUGCCCCCGCCGACCUUGACCGACAACAGCAUCGCCGGCGCGAACGAUGACGACGGACAGUACCGCGAGGACCCCUCGGUCUAUCAUACCGACCCGCGCUUCACCAACGGCGAACGUUACAAUCCCGCGCCUAAGUACGGACGACAACAACAACAGCCGAUCGCUUACAGUCAGCAGCAGCAGUUCCCAUCGCCAACUUACAAUCAACCGACAAGGUAUAACGCGCCCGUCAAUUACCAGCCGGCAGCCAUGAAGUUCCAGCCGGAAUAUCAGCCGCAGUAUCGAUCGCAAUACCAAUCACAGAAUCAAGGUCAGCAGUUGCGCUCCGCAGCGUAUCCUUCGCCCGCGAUUCCGGUUGCUCCCCAAGGACACGCCGCGACCAAUAUCGACGUCAACGCCGGCUUGGCAUCUUACACGGUUAAUUACAAAUGAUGAACGAAAAAGGGAAGGAAGGGAAAGAGAGAAAGCGUGUACAUACGGUAUUAUUUAUAAGUAUUCCGAGUCGUUGUUGUAAAUGUUCAUUUAAGAAGAUGCCAUACUUGAAAAUUUCACCGACAGAAUACUGAUUUUUUUU